AUGCAAAUGAAAGUAGCAAACUUACGUUGUAACGGCGAUAGAGCGCCAGCUAUUGAUAUCUGCAUGCAAUUUGACGAGUCCAUUAGUUCUUAUAAUGAAAAAAAUAUCUCCAUUUCUCCCUUAGAUUCCUUUAAAAAUUCAGAUAAUAGACUGAACUUGGAAGAUCAGGUAGCUGAUAUAUUCCAGAGAGCAAAGAGCGGCGAGCCAUUUGGAACUAAAGACGACGUUAACGCUCUCAUAGAUAAACUCUGCGAUCAUAUCUACAGGAAAUUGCUCGAGGAGAGCUGGUGUCCAUGUGCUCGACACUCAAAGAUUAACCAAAGCCUUACAGAGAAUCCAGAAGAUCUGAAAAUUGAUGACAAAGAAGGUUAUAUGCAGUGUAUUCGUAAAAAGGUAUUGGAGAUACUUUCGGACUACCUCGCCACUUUCAAGAAUCAACUAUUCUCGACGUACGGAUCAGAACCAACUGAUCAGUUAGAUAUAAAGGGAGAAGACAAAGAUACUGUGAGUGGAUGUGUUUCUGGUGAACCAAGCACGUAUACUAUGGCAAACACUGACAGUUUCUUAAGUCGUGUGGAGAAAAAUUCUGGAAUUCAUUCGGUCACCAACACGAAUGUCUGCGGCAAUAGCUUAUCAGAUAUUUCCAUCAAUGACUGGGUGAGCGUUGGACGAUGUUUAUCACGUGAGAACUACUUUGACCAAUCACCGCGCUUGUCUGUUUCGGCUUCUCCCGCCACUUCGAGGUGGGGUGCAGAUCUCGAAGCAGAAGGCAGCUUUGGCGCCUAUCGUAAGACGCAGUCAUGCACAGCUGCAGCAACACCAACCGAAGUCCGAACCGAGCACGAAGACACCCGAAGGCGCCCUCAAGGUGCACACUGUGUGACGUCUGAGGUUGAACAGAACACGAUGUCGAGAGAGACCUUCAAGAAAACCUCAAACAAAAAGCUAAUCAAGAAGAGCAGGGGAUCAAUGGAAAAGCAGCAACAGAAAAUCGAAUCCUCGCCGCUUUUAACGGAAACAGAAGACUUCCAUCCAGAUCAUUUUCGGUACGACAAGGACUCUGUCAAGGGCACCAGUGUCGGACCAAAGGCGGGAGCUGCUAACGGUGACGGUAACAAGGGCACCAGUUCCUUAGAAAAGCCGGAAGUCCCAAUGAAUUACAUCGGUGGAGUCCCAACACAUCUUUAUUACAACAGAGGAUCGGCCGAUUCUGUUUCUCGAAAAAGGGCAAGCAACAGAUCACCUGCGAUGGUGAAGAUGAGGAGGAAAGCCAUGAGUGUAGUAGGGUUUUUGAAGCUUCUCCGGAAACCUCUAUAAUCAAACAAACGAACUUGAGUAACUUAUAAUCAGAGAUCCAUUUUGGUCGUGUUUUGAUAGACUUUAAUAUCGGCCUUGUACUAUCCGAUGAAGAAUCAUUAGUAAUGCUAUUAUCAAACUUGAAUAACUACUUCUACAUACAUCAUCAACUUUGUAUCCAUUGCGAUAGACCCAGGUGCGAAUAUCACAGGCCUAUAUACUUGCAUGCUCACACUUUUCGAACUUGUAUAUUUUUGGGAACUAAGAAAUUUACACAACUAACAUAUAGCAUAGCACCCUAAGGCAAGAUCCUCUCAGUCUGAAACUUGGAUAAUAUUUCUGGAGGGUCAACUAGUUCCAUUAUGGGCAUGAUUUGAUAUACAGUACAGUGAAUACUGGGGGCCAUGGACCCCCGGCAUCUUCUUGUCCAAGGGAAAAAAGGACCGAAAGAUAGAAAAGGAGAUUAAAAAUUGGUAUUACAUUUACUGACUAUACUCUUAAAAUGCGCAAUUUUAGUGUACUCUUAAUGUGUGUUAAAUGUAUCACUUUGAUCUAUUUUUGGGAUAAAAAUGGAAUUCAUUAUCAAUUAUUAGCGUUUGGAUCUACUCAUGAGGAGAAUAAGUCUUGGAAAAUCGUAAUUCUUUGUUACGAAACCAACAAAAAGCCCCCCGCUAAAGUAUAUCAUUGAUGGUAGCACCCGGGGUGGCACCCUCCCUCAGUGGUCAUGCACAGUUUAGUUGAAAUCGAUUUCCAGAUUUCGUUUUUAUUAACUUAAUAUGGAUUUCUGUAGAAAUUUUGCAAAUGUUUGACAAUAUGAUAAUGGUAUCAUAUUCCGAUCUUCCAAGAGGAAACAAGGAUUCUUUACUGCGAUAGAUUUAAAUGGAAUAAUUUUGUCCGUGGUCCUCCUUCGUUUUGUUUCAAUAAAACUACAUCUAAAACAAAAUGACCAGGCAUUUUUACCCGUCUUUAUUAAAAGUAACAAGAUUUUAUUAUAAAUAUUUUCUUCAAUUUUGGUACCCAUUCCACAGACAUGUAGUAAAUGUUAGACUGCAAAGAUAUAUAUUCAAUCAUUAAUCUUCAUCUAUACUGUAUAAAGAUUUAUAAAAUGUAUAAUAGAUGUCAUUCAUUUGUCGUAUUAUUUACCACACACCAUACAACUUUAGAAUUAUUAAACCACCAUAAAGCUAUACACAAAAUAGAGAAGAAAGUAUCUUUAAACUACACACUGUAAAACCUUUGGUGUUAAAGCUAACACCAGUUGGCGAUAAUAGAGGACCACACCCUGAGGUGUUAAAAUUACACCCUAGAGAUUUAACACCACCAAAUGUGUUGCAUUAACACCUAUAUGUGUUAAACUAACACUGUCAAUUUAAAACCGGAGUAAAAUAACUGGUGUGGUCCUCUACACCGGUUAACACCAGAGCUUUUGCUGUGCAUGGACAUCUCGAACAACAAAAUAAAUCCGACAUUCUCAUACGAUUAACAAUUUCGGUAGAAUCUGGGAGUAGAAUAAAAACAAUCUUGGUUUUCAGGGGCCCGUGGUUGCAGAACGAGUUGCAAUCAAGCACAACUCUUGAACCAAAGCAAUUUAAACUUCAACCAAUCAAAAGCACACAUUCGAGACUUGCGCUUGAUAUUUGAACUUGGGUUUAAAUGCAACGCUUUGUGUGAACUGACGCCAUGUAUGAGGGAUAGAGGUUUGAAAUAUAUACAUGCAGGAAAGAAACAAAAUAUGAAAUUGCACUAUUCCUGUUUGACGCAAUGGUGAUAUCAUUUUGAAAUCUAGUGCGGAAUUGUCGAUUUUUAUCUUUAUCGAUAUGAUUUUGGAGAAAAGACAAUUCUCUAUGCAUGGUUCAUUAUCAAAGCAAAAUAAAAUAUAAGAAAUGUAAACCCUGUAAACGAGCAAAAUUAGCAAAAAAAAAAGAAAAAGACAUUAACGACAAGAAAAAAACAGAACUGUACGUUUCCUAUUUAACGCCACAGUGAUAUAAUAUUUCUUGGAAUAUUGUGGGAAAUCGUCGAUCUUUCUCUUCAUCGAUUUAAUUGUUCGAAAAGAUCAUCCUUUAUGCAUGGUUAAUAGGCAAAGAAAAACAAAAUAUUAAAGUAUACCCUGUAAAUUGCAAAUUAGCGAAAGAAAUAUUAAUGCAUAUUCUUUAUAUAAAAGAGAUCUCUUUUAAAAUACAAAUGCGCUAUACAAUAAAAGAAUUAGAACAAUAUUAUCAGAUGCUUUGCCACUAGAAGAAGUAGAAGAACACAAUACUUUGACGAAGAAGAAAUUUUAACAACCUAAUUAUUUGGAAGCCAAUUUGAUUGCAAAGUUGACUUUAAGUAUUACUACUAUCAGUCAACAUUCAUCUGGUAAUUCAAUUACACAAUAACUUUCUGAUAAAAAAAAACAGAAAGAAGUUGCUCAAAAUAAGGCUACUGUGAUGGAAUACCUGAGUACAGUAAUGUUCCGUUUAUAAUGGCCAACACCUCAUAGAAAACAAGAUUAAAUCAAGAAAUGAACAAACGGCAUCACAUUAUGAUAAAGUAAUUACAAACCAUGGCACCAGGUAAGAUUUCUAUGGUCAAAUUUCAUGCUCGAUGUCACCCAUUUUGUCGCAUCAUAAGCAUUCAUAGCCGAACACAGAAUAUUCCAAUUUUGGGCAGAGUGCAUGCUAGCUUUCAAAUUGUGCUACCCAUUUUCAGAAUAGAGCUGUGUUUUCAGUAAGGAAUGCUUCGCUUUGCCAUUAUCAUAAUGUUCUUUAAUCGUAAUAGUCUUGUUCAAACACUCAUUACACUUUUAAAGAACAAUCGCACCUUUAUAAAAGAAGUAAGCCAGGCUGUAUAACUGUGUACGUGUAGUUUCGUUUUGUGUAGUCAAUAGUUAAAGGUCAAGUCCACCUCAGAAAAAU